AGGGUAUAUUUAUUCAUAUAGUUUAGGCUAGUUUUAAGCACAACUUUUUUGUUGUUCACUUAUGCUAAGGUUAAUUGUUGUAGUUCUUUUUAAUUUUGAUGAAUCUUGAAAAAAUCAAAUUGAAAUCAACUGAGAAUUUCGACGCAUUUUUCAGCUGAGAAUUUGCGAGAAAUGCGUCUGUGUGGCAUGCGAAAAGUGAAUAAAUCGCACUUUUUAAAUAAUAAUAAAACAAAAACAAAGCAAUUCAAUUGCGUUUUAUUUCAAAACAGAUUAUUUCUUAGGCACCUGUUGCAGCUGUUGAGAAAUGGCAUGAUUAAGUCUCUCACCUGUUGCUUGCGCCGCCGUCAAAACAACUAUUCCAGUGUAGAGCUUUAGCCGAGUCACAAACCAUUGUUGAUUUUCCCAUUUGCGCACUAAGCUUUCACCAACGGUGAACGGAUGCUGCCUGGUUGUUGACUCGGAAGACGACCGUGUGACGGUUCGAAAGGAAGCGACUACUAUUUAAGGAUGCUGCGUUGCUGCCUUAGCUUCAGUUACCGCGCGGCGCUUGAGUUCGUUAGAUCGAGCUGAGAACCUAGAAAAUAAAAUCAAAUGAAUAUGUGGACCAAGCUGAUAAUCAAAUGAUGUAGAUUAACACUUAAUAUUUUUUCAAUCUGCAGAAAAAAACUCGAGGAGCAACAAACCAACAACUGGAAACCAAUUGGCUGUGGCUUGCUGUCCAGAGAGCAAAGCUGAACUUUGUCGUUUUUUUUUUUUUUUAAAGUUCGUUGAUUUUUUUUUUUUUUUGUUGUUAAUUUUUUUGGUUUACUUUUCUCGUCAUUCUUUAAGAGAAUUUAAUCAAAAGUUGUGCUGAGCUCGAGAGGGUUUCAAGUUCACCUGUGCUGGCUGCAUUCUAAAUAAACGAGGCUAACAAUCAAAAGGAGAAGAGAGCAAAAAAAGGAGAAAAGUGGAAAAAAGUCUUGCACGAAAUCAAACCAAACCAAAUACAACAACAUGUCGCAGCAUUUCACAUCGAUAUUUGAGAACCUGCGCUUUGUGACUAUCAAGCGUACAACAAAUACGCAGCCACAACAACAACAACAACAGCAGCAGCAACAACAGCAAUCGCCGCUGCCCACGCCAAAGGCAACUCCCGUCGAGCCAAAUAAAAUCAAAGCCAAAACUCAGGCAGCACUAAACGGCAAUGGGCAGCUCUUGAGCACAAAUCUUGGCGGCGUCGCUGCCACCACCAGCCAUGAAGUGGACCACAGCAAAGGCGCGUCUGGCACGACCGCAGGCGCAGUAAGUGCUCUUGCCGGCGGCGGUGGCGUUGGCGUUGGCGUUGGCGGCACGCCAUUGAAGCACCACAAGCGCACCAGCAUUCCCACAUCGUCGCCGCAGCCGGGACGCGAGAGACGCGGUACCAACACCAGCAUCGUCGUGGAGUUGGAUGAUGGGGUUGGCAGUGGCAGUGGCAGUGGCAGUGGCGGUGGUGUUGGCGGUGGCGGUGGCGUUAGUGGUAGUAGUGUGGGCCAGAGUGCGGCCGGUGCAUCAGGCAGUGGCACGGCAUCCAGCAAAAGUUCGCGCGAACUUUCACCAACGCCCAAAAACGCACAGCAGCCGCGAAAAAUGUCACAGGAUCAUCGUUCGCGUGCCGGCAGCUUCAUGCACUUGGACGACGAGGGACGCAGCUUGCUGAUGCGGAAGCCGAUGCGCCUGAAGAACAUCGAGGGCCGGCCGGAGGUGUAUGACACACUGCACAGCAAGGGACGCGAGAUAUUGUCCUGUUCGAGGGCCACCUGUACGAGCAGCAUCAUGAACAUUGGCAACGCGCCCGUCGAGGCACGCAAAGUGGAUUUGGUGCUGGAGCACGCCAAGGACUUUCUGGAUCAGUACUUCACCUCGAUUAAGCGCUCUUCUUCGGCUGCCCAUGAGACGCGCUGGAAACAGGUGCGACAGAGCAUCGAGACAACGGGACAUUAUCAACUAACCGAAACGGAGCUAAUUUAUGGCGCCAAAUUAGCUUGGCGCAAUUCUUCGCGCUGCAUUGGCCGCAUCCAGUGGUCAAAGCUGCAGGUCUUUGACUGUCGUUAUGUGACCACAACGAGCGGAAUGUUUGAGGCCAUUUGCAAUCACAUUAAAUAUGCAACUAACAAAGGAAAUCUCAGAUCUGCUAUUACAAUAUUUCCCCAGCGCACCGAUGCGCGACAUGAUUAUCGUAUAUGGAACAAUCAGCUUAUAUCCUAUGCUGGCUAUAAGCAGUCCGACGGCAAAAUCAUAGGCGAUCCCAUGAAUGUGGAAUUCACAGAGGUCUGCACCAAACUGGGCUGGAAGGGCAAAGGCACCGAGUGGGACAUAUUGCCGCUGGUGGUGUCGGCCAAUGGUCACGAUCCGGACUACUUUGAUUACCCGCCGGAGCUCAUACUGGAAGUGCCGUUGAGUCAUCCCAAAUUCGAGUGGUUUACUGAAUUGAGCUUACGCUGGUACGCCCUGCCCGCCGUGUCCAGCAUGCUGUUCGAUGUGGGCGGCAUUCAGUUUACGGCAACCACAUUCAGCGGCUGGUACAUGUCCACAGAGAUUGGCUGCCGGAAUUUAUGCGACACAAAUCGUCGCAAUAUGUUGGAGACUGUGGCGCUGAAAAUGAACUUGGAUACGCGUACGCCGACCUCGCUGUGGAAGGACAAGGCCGUGGUGGAAAUGAAUAUAGCCGUGCUGCACUCGUAUCAGAGCCGGAAUGUGACCAUUGUGGAUCAUCACACGGCCAGCGAGAGUUUUAUGAAGCAUUUCGAGAACGAGUCGAAGCUGCGCAAUGGUUGCCCAGCGGAUUGGAUAUGGAUUGUGCCGCCGUUAUCUGGUUCGAUAACGCCCGUGUUUCAUCAGGAGAUGGCGCUGUACUAUUUGAAGCCGUCGUUUGAGUAUCAGGAUCCCGCCUGGCGCACUCACAUCUGGAAAAAGGGACGCGGCGAGAGCAAAGGCAAAAAGCCAAGACGUAAAUUCAAUUUUAAACAAAUCGCUCGCGCUGUAAAAUUUACAUCGAAAUUAUUUGGACGCGCUCUCUCGAAGCGCAUCAAGGCAACAGUCUUAUAUGCCACCGAGACGGGCAAAUCGGAGCAAUAUGCCAAGCAAUUGUGUGAGCUGCUGGGACAUGCGUUCAAUGCGCAGAUAUAUUGCAUGUCCGACUAUGAUAUAUCCUCCAUUGAGCACGAGGCGUUGCUAAUUGUUGUUGCCUCCACCUUUGGCAAUGGAGAUCCGCCGGAAAAUGGCGAGCUCUUCUCACAGGAAUUGUAUGCCAUGCGCAUACAGGAGUCGGGCGAGCACGGCCUACACGAUUCCAGCAUGGGUGUCAGCUCAUCCAAGUCCUUCAUGAAGGCCAACUCACGGCAGGACUUUAUGAAAUUGCCGCUGCAACAAGUCAAGAAGAUCGACCGCUGGGACUCCCUGCGCGGCUCCACCUCGGACACCUUUACGGACGAGACCUUUGGACCGCUCUCCAAUGUCCGCUUCGCCGUCUUUGCGCUCGGUUCGUCAGCCUAUCCGAACUUCUGCGCCUUCGGCCAGUACGUGGACAACAUUCUGGGCGAGCUGGGCGGUGAGCGUCUGCUGAAGAUUGCCUACGGCGACGAAAUGUGCGGCCAGGAGCAGUCGUUCCGCAAGUGGGCCCCGGAGGUGUUCAAGCUAGCCUGUGAGACCUUUUGCUUGGACCCGGAUCAGAGUCUGUCGGAUGCUUCGCUGGCGUUGCAAAACGAAUCGCUGACCGUGAACAAUGUGCGCCUGGUGCCGUCGGUCAGCAAGGUGUCUCUGGACGUGGCGCUGUCGAAGUACCACAACAAGAAGGUGCACUGCUGCAAGAUCAAGGAGCAGCCGCACAAUCUGACCAAGCUGAGCGAGGGCGCCAAGACGACGAUGCUCUUGGAGAUUUGUGCGCCAGGGCUGGAGUACGAGCCGGGCGAUCAUGUGGGCAUCUUUCCGGCAAAUCGCGCGGAGCUGGUGGACGGGCUGUUGCAGCGUUUGGUGGGAGUGGACAAUCCGGACGAGGUGCUCCAGCUGCAGUUGCUCAAGGAGAAGCAGACCUCGAACGGCAUCUUCAAGUGCUGGGAGCAGCACGACAAAAUACCCGCCGAUACGCUGCGCAAUCUGCUGGCUCGCUUCUUCGAUCUGACCACGCCACCGUCGAGGCAGCUGCUCACGCUGCUCGCUGGCUUCUGCGACGACAAUGCGGACACGGAGCGACUGCAGCUGCUGGUUACCGAUUCGUCAGCCUACGAGGACUGGCGUCAUUGGCGUCUGCCCCACCUUCUGGAUGUGCUGGAGGAGUUCCCUUCGUGUCGACCGCCUGCUUCCCUGGUGCUGGCUCAUCUGACGCCGCUGCAGCCGCGCUUCUACUCGAUCUCAUCGUCGCCACGUCGGGUCAGCGAUGAGAUCCAUCUGACCGUGGCCAUUGUCAGGUACCGUUGCGAGGAUGGCCAAGGCGACGAGCGCUACGGCGUCUGCUCCAACUACUUGGCCGGCCUGAAAGCCAACGACGAGCUGUAUAUGUUCGUCCGCAGCGCCUUGGGCUUCCAUUUGCCGGCGGAUCGCAGUCGGCCAGUGGUGCUCAUUGGACCUGGCACUGGCAUUGCGCCUUUCCGCUCCUUCUGGCAGGAGUUCCAGGUGCUGCGCGAGGUGGAUACCGCAACGUCGUUGCCAAAGCUCUGGCUCUUCUUUGGCUGUCGCAAUCGCGACGUGGAUCUCUAUGCCGAGGAGAAGGCCCAAUUGUUGCAGGAUCAAAUCAUGGAUCGCGUGUUUCUAGCGCUCUCAAGGGAACCAGAUAUACCGAAGACAUAUGUACAGGAUCUGAUUGAACAGGAAUUUGAUUCGCUGUACAAGCUGAUUGUGCUGGAGCGGGGACAUGUUUACGUUUGCGGCGAUGUCACAAUGGCCGAGCAUGUUUAUCAGACCAUCAGAAAAUGCAUUGCCGGUAAGGAGCAAAAGACCGAGGCGGAAGUUGAGACAUUUUUGCUCACAUUGCGCGACGAGAAUCGCUAUCACGAGGAUAUCUUUGGCAUUACGCUGCGCACCGCCGAGAUACACACAAAGUCACGUGCGACCGCAAGGAUUCGCAUGGCAUCGCAGCCAUAGUAAGGAUAACUGACAUAGCAGCUCAACUCUUAAGCGGCAAGGAAUUCGUUUUACUUUGACACUUGCCUCUCACCUAAGAAGAAGUCUUAAAGCUUACGAUUAAACAGUCCAAAGUGAUCGAAAUAUUUAUGAUUAUUCCAAAAGUUAAUAAUAAUUAUUUAGAUAAGAA